UUGAACCCCAAGCCUUGUUCGUUUCGGUUUCGGUUUCGGUUUCGGUGACCUCCUCGCCAAGCCAACCUCGCCAAAUAUAAACACAACCCAGCUCGAUCAUCAUCCAAAAUCCCAAUUCCAAUUGAAUCUUUCUUCUUCAUCAUCAAAACCCUAAACACGAUGGAUUUCGAAGAUGAACAAUACCUGAAGCAAAGACUAGACGAGUUGCAGAGAGACGUCUCCAAGAAGCAGAAGUUCGAACCCGCCGUCGCCGCUCUCGUCUCUCUCCUCCGCGACCGCUACUCCUCCGCCUCCCCGCCGCUUCGCAAGUCCUACUACACCGUCAUCUCCCGCGUCGCCACCGUCUUGAAGACCCGCUACACCUCCCCCGGUUUCUGGGCCGCCGGGUUGGCCCUCUUCCGCCUCGCCCUAACCCUAGUUUCCGACCCGGCCGAGAAGAAUCAAUUACUCAAUUACAUUUCCGAGGCCGAGAAGGUCGUUCGCCAAGAAGACGAGCCUCCCAAUCUCUCGCCGCCGAAUCAAGGGUUUCUUUUCGAGGGGCAUCUGACGGUGGAUCGGGAGCCGCCGCAACCGCAGUGGCUGGUCCAGUCGAAUCUCAUGGCCUCCGCCGCCACUCUCUUCGCCUCCGAGUCUUCGCGUUCGGGUCGACCCGAACCCGAGAGCGCGGCGAAUCUGCUGCAGUCGCUAAUCGACGACCUUGACAGCGUUUUGCCGCCUGGGAUUUUGGACGACGUGAGAGGAGCGCCGAGGGUGCCGCCGGCGAGUAAGAAAGUGGUGGCGAAUCUUCCGGUGAUUACGAUUACGGAGGAGAAGCUGGGAGAGGAAGCAGACUGCUGCAUUUGUAAAGAGGUUUUGGUUGUGAAUGACAAGAUGCAGGAAUUGCCUUGCAAGCACACUUUUCACCCACCAUGUUUGAAACCUUGGCUGGAUGAGCACAAUUCGUGUCCAAUAUGCCGGCAUGAGUUGGAGACUGAUGAUCAUGCAUAUGAGAGCUGGAAGGAGAGGGAGAGGGAGGCUGAAGAAGACAGAAAAGGCGCUGCCAAUGCGGUUCGGGGUGGUGAAUACAUGUAUGUUUAAUGUUUGGAAGAGGAUUUUGUUUAUGGGAAUAAUUUGUCCAAUUUGCAGCUUCAAUUAUAUAAGUAAUAUUCAUUCCAUCACAUUCUACUGGAUGUGUUGUAUCUCUGGUAUAGUAAGUUGUUAUUUAGACAUUGAAUAGAGUACAUGUUGCCAGUUUCUCUUCGUUAUAA